AUGGCGCACAGCGGUCGGUGGCGCUUCCCUGCCCGGCCCGGCAGCGGUGGCUGGGGCCGCCGCGGGGUAGGGGGGUCCCGGCUGCGGGUGCCGGCCGUGCGGAGCCUGCGGGCCGGUGAGCCGCCGGCACCGGGGCAGGCGGGCGAGGGGGAGCGCGGCGGCCCGAGCUCUGGCGGGGCGGCGGGAAGCGGGGGAGGCGGGGCAGCGCCGGGCUCCGGCGGCUCCGGGGGCCCCGCGGCCGGGGUGGGACCCGGCUUCGAUGCGGCGCUCCAGGUCUCGGCUGCCAUCGGCAUCAACCUGCGGCGGUUCCGCGCGGCCUGCGGCGCCGAGACGGGCAGUGGAGAGGAUGAACAGUUUCUAGGUUUCGGUUCAGAUGAAGAAGUCAAAGUACAAAGUCCCAACAGGUCCCCCACAGUUAAAUCUAGUCCACGGAAACCUCGCGGGAGGCCUCGGAGCAGCUCUGACCGAAGUUCAGCUGUACCGUCAGACUCUUCAUCAGUGUGCUCACCUUCAAGCAAGUCUGAGACCACAUCCAUGGAAAAAGUAAAGAAGAAGGAGUCAAAGAGCGGGGAAAAAAGGCGAGGGAGACCACCAACGCUUACAAGCGUCAAGUUCAAACUAUCACCAGUGAGGGAUGCGUCAGACAUCCAGAAGGGCAGUAAUGAAGAGAAAGAGAGCCUGAAAAAAAUUAAAAGGUCACCAUCCACUACAUUUCAGCAAGCAACUAAAAUCAAGAAGUUAAGAACUAGUAAGCUCUCCCCACUGAAAUCCAAAUUUAAGCCUGGGGCAAAACUCCAGCUUGGGAGGAAGAGUGUCCAGAUUGUGCGCAGGAGAGGCAGGCCACCGUCCUCUGAACGCCUAAAGACAUCCUCGCCCGUGGUCAUGAACUCGCAGCUGGAGAAGCCCCAAAGGAUUCGCAAGGAGAAGGAUGGCACACCCCCUCUCACCAAAGAGGAGAAGGCUGCUGUCAGGCAGAGCCCACGCAGGAUCAAGCCUGUCAGGAUCAUCCCUUCCACCAAGAGGACAGAUGCCACAAUCGCGAAGCAGCUCUUGCAGAGGGCUAAGAAGGGCGCACAGAAAAAGAUUGAGAAGGAAGCAGCCAAACUGCAGGGCAGGAAAGGGAGAACCCAACUGAAGAACAUCCGGCAGUUCAUCAUGCCAGUGGUGAGUGCCAUCUCCUCGCGCAUUAUCAAAACGCCCAAGCGGUUCAUUGAGGACGAGGACUAUGACCCUCCCAUCAAAAUAUCCCGGCUGGAGUCCACCCCCAACAGCAGGUUCAGCGCCACCUCCUGUGGCUCCAGUGAGAAGUCCAGUGCCGCUUCUCAGCAUUCGUCCCAGAUGUCUUCAGACUCCUCGCGGUCCAGCAGCCCCAGUGUGGACACUUCCACAGACUCCCAGGCUUCCGAGGAGAUGCAAACACUUUCUGAGGACUGCAGCAAUACUCCCGAGGUUCACACUCCACUGCCCGUUUCCCAGUCCCCUGAGAACGAUAAUGGUGACAGGAGGAAUAGAAGGUUUUCAAUAACAGAAAGAAGCUUUGGCCAGAGGACUGCGAAAAAGCUGUCAGCUUUACCCAGCGUGCCGCAGCAGCCAUCCUCCUCCUCUCCUCCUCCGCCUUUGCUCACUCCCCCGCCACCACUGCAGCCGGCUUCCAGCAUCUCAGACCACACCCCAUGGCUGAUGCCCCCCACCAUCCCACUGGCCUCACCCUUUCUUCCUGCUUCCACUGCACCCAUGCAAGAGAAGCGCAAGUCGAUCCUGCGAGAGCCGACGUUCCGAUGGACCUCGCUGAAGCAUUCCCGCUCGGAGCCACAGUACUUCUCCUCAGCCAAGUAUGCCAAAGAGGGUCUCAUUCGCAAACCGAUCUUCGACAACUUCCGGCCCCCGCCGCUGACACCGGAGGACGUGGGCUUUGCAUCUGGCUUCUCGACGCCUGGUGCCACAGCCCCAGUGCGUCUCUUUUCUCUGCACUCUGGCACGAGGUUUGAUAUGCACAAAAGAAGUCCCCUGCUGCGAGCACCCCGCUUCACACCAAGCGAGGCCCACUCCAGGAUCUACGAGUCUGUGACCCUACCCUCAUCAGUUGGUCGCACCACCACGGGGACCUCUGCCACAGGUGCCUCCUCUCGGCGGCGGAAGAGAAAAGUGUUUAGCCCCAUCCGAUCAGAGCCCAGAUCUCCUUCACACUCCAUGAGGACAAGAAGUGGGAGGCUCAGUACCUCCGACCUGACAGCUCUCACCCCGCAGUCCUCUGUCUCCUCCUCAUUAACAAGCAUUUCUGUUAGUUCUCUCGCCACUAGUGCCUUAAAUUCAACUUUUACUUUUCCUUCCCAUUCUCUAACACAAUCUGGGGAAUCUGCAGAGAGAAGCCAGCGUCCAAGGAAGCAGACAAGCGCUCCAGCAGAGCCGUUCUCAUCUGGCAGCCCUGCUCCUCUCUUCCCCUGGUUCACAUCAAGCCCCCAGACAGAGAGAGGCCGAAACAAGGACAGGGUAGCAGAGGAGGUCUCCAAAGAUAAAGAUGCUGACAAAAGCUUGGAGAAGGACAAGAGCAGAGAGAAAGACAGGGAAAGAGAAAAGGAGAACAAGCGGGAGUCAAGGAAAGAGAAAAAGAAGAAAGGGUCAGAAGUUCAGAGUAGCUCUGCAUUGUUUCCUGCAGGUAAAAUACCCAAAGAAAAAGUUGUCAGUGAAGAUGUUGCAUCCUCAUCAUCUGCCAAAAAACCUGCUGGACGCAAGAAGUCCACUGCAGCAGAUCCCACGGCAGAUACCUCCUCUGCUGCUCUGGUGGAGGCAGCAGCCAUCAAAACCAAAACGUCCAAGAAAGGUAGAGGUGGGCUGGACAAAUCGGAUCUGGACCUGAGCCCCACCGUGCCAGCUUUGGAGAAGGAGAAAGCUCUGCGUCUUGCUGCUCCUUCAUCAAGCACUGUUAAACAUUCCGCUUCCUCCAUCAGCUCCAUGCUGGCUCAAGCAGACAAACUGCCAAUGACUGACAAGAGGGUGGCCAGCCUCCUGAAAAAGGCAAAAGCCCAGCUGUACAAGAUCGAGAAGAGCAAGUCCCUCAAGCAGGCAGAUCAGCCCAAAGCACAGGGACAAGAGAGCGAUUCAUCAGAGACGUCAGUGCGUGGGCCACGGAUCAAACACGUUUGCAGGAGAGCUGCAGUGGCGCUGGGCCGCAAGCGUGCAGUGUUCCCUGAUGACAUGCCCACUCUGAGUGCCUUACCAUGGGAGGAGCGGGAGAAGAUACUGUCUUCCAUGGGCAAUGAUGAUAAGUCAUCGAUAGCUGGCUCAGAAGAGGCUGAACCUCUUGCUCCACCUGUCAAGCCAAUUAAGCCGGUGACCAGAAACAAAGCACAGCAGGAGCCACCGGUGAAGAAGGGACGGCGCUCAAGGCGCUGUGGGCAGUGCUCAGGCUGCCAGGUUCCAGAGGACUGCGGGGUCUGCACGAACUGUCUGGACAAGCCCAAGUUCGGAGGACGCAACAUCAAGAAGCAGUGCUGCAAGAUGAGGAAGUGCCAGAACCUGCAAUGGAUGCCUUCCAAAGCCUAUCUCCAGAAGCAAGCAAAAGCUGCAAAGAAGAAAGAGAAGAAGUCGAAGACAAAUGAGAAGAAAGAAAGCCAUUCUGGGAAGAACCAGCUGGACUCUGGGCAGAAGCAAGCUCCCCAGGCUGUAGUGGCCAGAGAAGACAGCGCCAUGAAAAAGAGCAGUGAGCCUGCCCGUAAGCCCACUGAGGAGAAGCAUGAGGAUGGGGCUUCCUCCAUCCCAGCGUCGGAGCCCAAACAGGCCCCUGCACCUGGCAGCAGAAAGACUGGCAAGCAGGCAGCCCAGCCCAUACAGCCCCCUCCUCUGCAGCCACCCAGCUCAGGGUCAUUGAAAAAAGAAGCUCCUAAACUGGCCACUUCUGAGCCUAAGAAAAAGCAGCCUCCCCAGCCAGAAAUAGGCACAGAACAAAGCAAACAGAAAAAAAUUGCUCCCCGUCCAACUUUCCCUGUGAAACAGAAACCAAAAGAAAAGGAAAAGCCCCCUCCCAUAAGCAAGCCAGAGAGCAGCACGCUGAAUCUGCUCAGCACUCUGACUAAUGGAAGCAGUUCCAAGCAAAAGCCACCUACAGAUGGAGUCCACAGAAUCCGGGUGGAUUUCAAGGAGGACUGUGAAGUGGAGAAUGUUUGGGAGAUGGGUGGGUUAGGCAUCGUCACCUCGGUACCUAUUACUCCCAGGGUGGUCUGUUUUCUCUGUGCCAGCAGUGGACACGUGGAGUUUGUGUAUUGCCAGGUCUGUUGUGAGCCUUUCCACAAGUUCUGCCUGGAGGAGAGCGAGCGGCCGCUGGAGGAGCAGCUGGAGAACUGGUGCUGCCGUCGCUGCAAGUUCUGCCACGUCUGUGGGAGACAGCACCAGGCCACCAAGCAGCUGCUGGAGUGUAACAAGUGCCGAAACAGCUAUCACCCUGAGUGCCUGGGCCCAAACUACCCAACAAAACCCACCAAGAAAAAGAAAGUUUGGAUAUGUACCAAAUGUGUGCGCUGCAAGAGCUGUGGCUCCACCACACCAGGCAAAGGCUGGGACGCGCAGUGGUCGCACGACUUCUCCCUGUGUCACGACUGUGCCAAACUGUUUGCUAAAGGAAACUUUUGUCCUCUUUGUGACAAAUGCUAUGAUGAUGAUGACUACGAGAGCAAGAUGAUGCAGUGUGGGAAAUGUGACCGCUGGGUGCACUCCAAAUGUGAGAACCUCUCUGAUGAGAUGUACGAGAUCCUCUCUAACCUGCCUGAGAGUGUGGCCUACACCUGCAUUAACUGCACAGAGCAGCAUCCUGCGGAGUGGCGCCUGGCGCUGGAGAAGGAGCUGCAGGUGUCCGUGAGGCAGGUGUUGACAGCCCUCUUGAACUCCAGAACCACCAGCCACUUGCUGCGGUAUCGCCAGGCAGCGAAACCCCCUGAUUUAAACCCUGAGACGGAAGAGAGCAUCCCAUCCAGGAGCUCUCCUGAAGGUCCUGACCCGCCUGUCCUGACAGAAGUCAGCAAACAGGAAGAGCAGCAACCGCUGGAUCUGGAAGGAGUGAAAAGGAAAAUGGAUCAAGGAGGCUACACUUCUGUGCUGGAUUUCAGCGAUGACAUCGUGAAGAUAAUCCAAGCGGCCAUUAAUGCUGAUGGAGGGCUGCCAGAAGUCAAGAAAGCCAACAGCAUGGUCAAGUCCUUCUUCAUUCGGCAAAUGGAGCGUGUUUUUCCAUGGUUCAGUGUGAAAAAGUCCAGAUUUUGGGAGCCAAAUAAAGUAACAAGCAACAGUGGUAUGCUACCGAAUGCUGUGCUGCCGCCAUCACUUGACCACAACUACGCCCAGUGGCAGGAGCGCGAAGAGAGCAGCCACACCGAGCAGCCCCCUCUGAUGAAGAAAAUCAUUCCAGCUCCACGACCCAAAGGGCCUGGAGAGCCAGAAUCACCGACUCCUCUGCACCCCCCGACACCGCCGAUCCCUGGCUCUGACAGAAGCAGAGAGGACAGUCCUGAGCUGAACCCCCCUCCGGACGUAGAAGACAACCGGCAGUGCGCGCUGUGCCUGAAGUACGGAGACGACAGUGCCAAUGAUGCUGGUCGUCUGCUCUACAUUGGCCAGAACGAAUGGACACAUGUGAACUGUGCUCUGUGGUCAGCAGAAGUGUUUGAGGAUGAUGAUGGUUCUCUGAAGAACGUGCACAUGGCGGUGAUCAGGGGAAAGCAGCUGAGAUGUGAGUUCUGCCAGAAGUCAGGUGCCACGGUGGGCUGCUGCCUCACCUCCUGUACCAGCAACUAUCACUUCAUGUGCUCACGGGCCAAGAACUGUGUCUUUCUGGACGACAAGAAAGUUUACUGCCAGAGGCAUCGCGACUUGAUCAAAGGAGAGGUGGUUCCUGAGAAUGGAUUUGAAGUUCUUAGGAGAGUGUUUGUGGACUUCGAAGGGAUCAGUUUGAGAAGAAAAUUUCUCAGUGGCUUGGAACCAGAGAACAUCCACAUGAUGAUUGGUUCGUUGACAAUAGACUGUUUAGGAAUUCUGAACGACCUCUCGGACUGUGAAGAUAAGCUGUUUCCCAUCGGCUACCAGUGCUCCAGGGUGUACUGGAGCACAAUGGAUGCCAGGAAGCGCUGUGUGUACACCUGCAAGAUCAUGGAGUGCCGCCCACCUGUCAUAGAACCUGACAUCAACAGCACUGUGGAGCAUGAUGACAACAGAACCAUCGCCCACAGCCCGCUUCCCCUCACAGAAACUCUGCAUAAAGACAGCCGAAAUACACCUGAAAUUGUGAGCCCACCAUCGCCAGAUCGCCCCUUGCAUUCCCAGACCUCGAGUUCCUGCUACUAUCCAGUGGUUCCAAGGGGUCCCCGCAUCAGGACUCCCAGCUACCCAUCCACACAAAGGUCUCCUGGCUCUAGGCCCUUACCCUCUGCAGGAAGUCCUACUCCAGUGACCCAUGAAAUCGUGACAGUAGGAGAUCCUCUGCUGUCCUCCGGCCUGAAGAGCAUUGGUUCUAGGAGACACAGCACCUCCUCCUUGUCGCAGCAGCAAUCCAAGCUCCGGAUGAUUUCCCCAUCGCAAGCUGGGAACGCUUACUCCAGGCACAGUGUUCCAGCAGCUCCCAGUGUGGGGUCCUCUGUAGAGCCUGAGCUGAGCACCAAGACCACGGACCGCUUUGUGGGGCCGGGGAGUGCAGCUGCUCCAGGCACUCUAGCUCAGGGCUGCCUUGCUAGCUCAGGCUCCCAGAAAGCAGUGGCUGCAAGUGGCAGUAAAGCACAACAACUGGAUGCACUGCAGCCUGCUGAAGGAAAACAUCCCAGCAGUUCAGAUUUGGUAGCCAAAGGUGCACCUUCUAAGGCAGAGAAGAUGAAAAUGCUGACCUCAAAGGAUCCAGAUUACUUGGCUCAUAGUUUAGCUUCUGGAGGAAACCCCAAAACUCAGCCAACCAGUUCAUCGGGUGCAGAAGUUAAUGUGAAAGCAGGAACCUUUCAAGAAUGUUUGGGACCAUUUUCUUCCAAAGAAGCAGUGUCCUUUCCACCUCUGCACCAGAGAGGCUCAAGGAAAGACAGAGAUCAGCAUGUGGAACCUGUACAACCAGAGGAGACAGCUGUGAUUGAGGAGAUGGAUGCAAAGGCCUUGAAGUCUGCUGCAGUGAAUAGCAGAUCUCCUGUAGCAAGCGAGCAGGUCGCUUCUGCCCCUAGAGACCGGCGUCAGAAAGGGAAAAAGUUACUGAGGGAGAGUCAUAAAGAGAAGCAUUCUCUGAAAUCUCUCACGGACCUGAGCCAAGUGGUGGGCAGUGAUGAAGGAAACACAGAACCAGAAUUUUGUCAUCAGAGUUUGACAACAGAACAAAUUAGCCAGAGGUUAUGUAAUAGCAGUCCUGCUGAAAAGGUUGCUGAGAAGUCUCCACCUUCACAAGGGCCAUCAAAAGGUGCCGCAGUGCAGAUGGAAGCAGCCUCUAAGGAGCCCCAGGCUCCUAGAAAGCGCACUGUGAAAGUCACCCUGACCCCUCUCAAGAUGGAAAGUGAAAACCAGUCUAAAAGCGCUCAGCAGGAGAGCGAAGCCGAGCCGCAGGCUGCAGUGGCAGAGCUGGCCCCUUUGGCCAAGCCCUCUGCCACCUCAGAAAGCCCAGAAGAUAACCCUGCAGCUCAGGGGAUCCCGAACGAGGUCCCGGCACAGGAAUCACAAAAUAACACCUAUGAGAAUCUGCCUGUUCAGGACAGCAGCCUGAUGCUCCAGGACGGAACCAAAGCUCAGGAAGAAGGCUCGUACAAGCGCAGGUAUCCACGGAGAAGUGCUCGGGCCAGAUCCAAUAUGUUCUUUGGCCUGACGCCUCUGUACGGUGUGAGGUCUUACGGAGAGGAAGACAUUCCCUUCUACAACAGCUCCCCCGGGAAGAAGCGAGGGAAGCGGUCUGCUGAAGGGCAGGUGGAUGGUGCAGAUGACUUGAGCACAUCGGAUGAAGAUGAUUUGUACUACUACAACUUCACGCGGACUGUGGUUUCCUCGAGCGCAGAGGAGAGGCUGGUGUCCCACAGCUUGUUCCGCGAGGAGGAUCAGUGUAGUCUUCCCAAAAUCUCCCAGCUGGAUGGUGUGGAUGAUGGAACUGAAAGUGACACAAGCAUCACAGCAACAACAAGAAAGGUCAGCCAGGGGAGCAAAAGGAGUGGGAAAGAAAACGGAACGGAGAACCUAAAGCUAGAUAGAACUGAAGAAGCCGGAGAGAAAGUUCAAGUCACCAAGAGCUCCAGUGUCCACAAAAGUGACCCAAAGAUGGAUAACUGCCACCCUGUGAGCAGGGUUAAGGCACAGGGUCAGGACUCGCUGGAAGCGCAGCUGAGCUCGCUGGAAGCAGGCCGCAGGACCCACGCAAGCACACCCUCUGACAAGAACUUGCUGGACACCUUCAACACCGAGCUCCUCAAGUCUGACUCCGACAACAACAACAGUGAUGACUGUGGGAACAUCCUUCCUUCUGACAUCAUGGACUUUGUGCUGAAGAACACGCCGUCCAUGCAGGCCUUGGGAGAGAGUCCAGAGUCCUCCUCAUCAGAGCUUCUGACGCUUGGAGAAGGAUUAGGACUCGACAGCAACCGCGGCAAGGACAUGGGUUUGUUUGAGGUAUUCUCCCAGCAGCUGCCAACUGCCGAGCCAGUGGAUAGCAGCGUCUCCUCCUCCAUCUCAGCAGAGGAGCAAUUUGAAUUGCCACUGGAGCUGCCUUCUGACCUCUCUGUUCUGACCACUCGCAGCCCCACAGUGCCCAGCCAAAACCACAGCAGGCUUGCCGUCAUCUCAGAGUCUUCGCUCUCCUCCUCAGGAGAGAGGUCCAUGCUCACCUUGCCCUCCACAGAGUCUGGGGAAAAGCGAGUGACAGUGACAGAAAAGUCUGCCUCAGGGGAAGGUGAUGCAGCUCUCCUGAGCCCAGGAGUAGACCCAAGUCCCGAAGGACACAUGACUCCCGACCAAUUCAUCCAGGGUCAUAUGGAUGCAGAGCACAUUGCUAGCCCACCCUGCGGCCCAGUCGAGCAGGGGCAUGGCAGCAACCAGGAUUUAACCAGGAACAGUGGGACGCCAGGUAUCCCAGUGCCAGUGUCGCCCACCGUUCCCCUCCAGAGCCAGAAAUACGUGCCAAGCUCCACAGACAGUCCUGGUCCCUCACAAAUCUCCAACGCUGCAGUGCAGACCACCCCACCCCACCUCAAGCCAGCUGCAGAAAAGCUUUUGGUGGUCAAUCAAAACAUGCAGCCACUCUACGUCCUCCAAACUCUUCCCAAUGGUGUCACUCAGAAGAUACAGCUGACACCUUCGGUCAGCUCUGCGCAGAGCAUGAUGGAGACCAGCACCUCGGUGCUGGGGCCUAUGGGGAGUGGGCUCGCACUGACCACAGGGUUAAAUGCAGGCUUGUCCUCUUCCCAGUCCUUGUUCCCUCCCACAGGCAAGGGUCUGCUGCCUAUGUCCCAUCACCAGCACAUCCAUCCCUUCCCAUCUGCCACUCAGACUGGUUUCCCACCAAACAUCAGCAGUCCUUCUCCAGGCCUCCUGAUCGGUGUGCAGCCACCCCCAGACCCUCAGCUCUUGGUGUCUGAAGGCAGUCAGAGAACAGACCUUGGUCCCACUGCUUCUACACCAGCAGCUGCCCUAGGCAAGAAACGUCCCAUCUCUCGGCUGCAGUCACGGAAGAAUAAGAAGCUGGCUCCCUCUGGAACCCCUUCUACUAUUGCUCCUCCUGACAUGGUCUCCAACAUGACCUUAAUUAAUUUCACUCCUUCCCAAAUUUCCAACCACCCACUUGAUUUAGGAACCAUUGCCAAUUCAACAUCUCACAGGACUGUCCCCAAUAUUAUCAAAAGGUCCAAGUCUGGGGUCAUGUAUUUUGAGCAGGCGUCUUUGCUUCCGCAAGCUGGGACCACCGGUGCUGUAGGCACGUCUGCCAGCAUCAUCGGGCCAGACUCCAGCCACCUCCCCGCAGGGCCUGUGUCAAGCCUGGCGUCUAGCUCCUCAGUGCUCAACGUCGUGUCCAUGCCUGCCACAGCAGCCCCCACUACUGGUGGGUCAGUUCCUGGUCAUGUUUUGGGGCAGAGUUCGGUGACGUUAACUAGCCCUGGAUUAUUGGGGGACAUUGGUUCCAUAAGCAACCUCCUGAUCAAAGCUAGUCAGCAAAGCCUUGGCCUUCAGGAGCAGCACAUGACUUUACCACCAAGUUCUGGGAUGUUUUCACAGUUGGGAGCAUCCCAGACUCCUUCCACGGCAGCAAUGACGGCUGCGUCCAGCAUCUGCGUCCUGCCUCCAGCACAGACAAUGGGCAUGACCGUGGCUCCAUCGGCUGCCGACCCAGGGGGCUCCUACCAGCUCCAGCACAUGACCCAGCUCCUAGCCAGCAAACCUGGUGUCACUUCCUCCCAGCUGGACCUCGGCACGGCUUCAGCAGCAACGCAGUUGUCGAGCUUCCCACAGCUGGUUGAUGCUCCCAGUAAUGCUGGGUUGGAGCAAACCAAGGCCUCCUUGUCGGUGAUGCAUGCCAGCUCGGCGUCCCCGGGAGGCUCCCCGUCCUCUGGGCAGCAGUCUGCCAGCAGCUCCAGCAUGGGGCCCGCCAAAAUUAAGCCCAAAAUCAAACGUGUUCAGCCAUCGCUGGACAAAGGGAAUGGAAAGAAGCACAAAACUUCUCACAUGUGGAGCAACUCCUCUGAAGCUCCCAUUCCAGACAGAGGGACUGCCACUGCACUCCAGGUCUCAGCCACAGGGACUCUUGCUGUGAAGGCAGACGCUCAGGAUGCAGCAGGUGUUGAUCAGUCUCCACAGAAACAAUGUGGCCACUCUGCAGGGCAAACAGCAGUCCUCCCUGAAUCACAGCUAACACAGAACUCCACAAAUGAGCAAGAAAAUGCAGGCUCAAAAGCUCUCGAGGAAGAGGAGAGCACUUUCAGCUCCCCACUUAUGUUCUGGCUUCAGCAGGAACAAAAGAGGAAAGAGUGCAGUGGUGAGAAGAAACCAAAGAAAGGUUUGGUUUUUGAGAUCUCUAGCGAUGAUGGGUUUCAGAUCUGCUCAGAGAGCAUUGAAGAUGCCUGGAAGUCGCUGACUGACAAGGUGCAGGAGGCUCGCUCCAAUGCCCGCCUGAAGCAGCUGUCCUUUGCAGGUGUGAACGGUUUGAGGAUGCUGGGAAUCAUCCAUGACACAGUUGUGUUCCUGAUUGAGCAGCUGUAUGGAGCCAAGCACUGCCGCAACUACAAGUUCAGAUUCCACAAGCCAGAGGAGGCCAAUGAACCCCCACUGAACCCACACGGCUCUGCCAGGGCUGAAGUCCACCUGAGGAAAUCAGCAUUUGAUAUGUUUAACUUCUUGGCUUCUAAGCACCGGCAGCCACCAGAGUACAACCCCAAUGACGAGGAAGAGGAAGAAGUGCAGCUGAAAUCAGCCCGGCGGGCAACCAGCAUGGAUCUGCCGAUGCCCAUGCGCUUUCGACACUUGAAGAAGACCUCCAAGGAGGCGGUUGGUGUCUACAGGUCUCCCAUCCAUGGCCGGGGUCUGUUCUGCAAAAGGAACAUCGAUGCAGGUGAGAUGGUGAUCGAAUAUUCAGGCAAUGUCAUUCGCUCCAUCCUCACUGACAAACGGGAGAAAUACUACGACAGCAAGGGGAUCGGUUGCUACAUGUUCCGCAUCGAUGACUCUGAGGUGGUGGAUGCCACCAUGCACGGGAAUGCAGCUCGCUUCAUCAACCACUCCUGUGAGCCCAACUGCUACUCCCGGGUCAUCAACAUUGACGGCCAGAAGCACAUAGUCAUCUUCGCUAUGCGCAAGAUCUACCGCGGGGAGGAGCUCACCUACGACUACAAGUUCCCCAUCGAGGAUGCCAGCAACAAGCUGCCCUGCAACUGCGGUGCCAAGAAGUGCAGGAAGUUUCUCAACUAGAACUUCUGCAGGUGCAAGUGAGCCCCCACGGGCCUGGGACAACCCAAAACUUGGGAGUGACCACUCCCUAGCUGCUCCAAUGGGACAGCAGGGACAGAGGCAGGGACAGAGGUCGGCUGGGUUCAGGGGCCUGGCUGGUAGCCAUCUCUCGUCAGAGUCACAUCUCCAUGCUCUCUGUUUGCAUGCGCACACCUACCCUUGUGAAGGACGUGGGUGAGUGGAGAAGAUCCGUAGUGGUUAUGUUUUUACUGUUCUCAUUUCCCCCUGCCCUGGUGUUUGUUUCUUGGUGUGGGGCUAACAAUCAGGAGAGGAGAGAUUGGCCUGGGCCCCAGCUUGGGCGGGGGUGAUCAUGGGUCUCGUGUUCCUCUGUUCCCCUCCAUCUGAGCUCAGCCUGCUGAGUCCUCCUCUCCCAGCACAGCUCAAGGAAGAUGUCCGGGGUUUGGAGACAUGGUAGUGGUGUGACCUUUCCUGCCCAGGAAGGAGGUUGCACUCCUCCAGCAGCAGCCCCCAGGACCACGUGUGUCUGCGCUGCCUCCUGCACAGUGUCUGUAGCACAUUGCUGGGAGCCAGCUGUGCGGUGCUGGGGGCUGCUGUGGACGGUUCCUCUAGGAAGGCCAAGCUGGGGAGAGCAAUACAGAUCAGCCUGUGACUAGGCUGAGGAAAAUUUGGCCAGCACCUCACUCCAAACCCCCUGCCUGCAUGCAGAGAAGGGACUUGUGCCAACACAGUGCUGUCAGUCUCUGCCAGCUUCCUCCACUGCCCUGCCAGCCAAGGGUGCUUCCAGCCGGCAGUGCCUCUGCUGCCACAGAGCUGGUCUGAGGGACAGCUGGGGAGUGAGGGCUGGCUCUGGGUUUGGCCACAUGCUGCUGUAGAGCAGGAGCUUGGAAAGGCGUGGUGGAGGUUCCCAUGAGAUUGGCUGUGCUUGUCCUCACUGCAGUGUCCUAGGGCCAGGCAGGGAUGCAGAAGGGCAGUCCCAUAGGCAGGUGUCUGUCGUGGUGGCACAUCUGGGCAUGUUCCUGUCCCCUUACCUGAAGGUAUGGGAAGUGCUACCAAAGCUCAGCAAGCUCAGCAGCAGCCCUGUUUGCAUGGUCCCAGGAGCACCCAGGAAGUCAGUGAGCAACUGGCAGGGUGCAGUCGGUGAGGUGAGAAGCCAAGCCUGCUCCGUUGAAAGGCCCUGGUCCUGUCCUGGUGAAGGAAGAUGGUAUAAAACCUCCUCCCGCACAAGUCUGCUCCACGCCUCCCAAACCAAACACCCAGAAAGAAGUCAAGAGCCCCAAGCCUGACAAGUGGCAUCAUCAGAUUUUAUUUGGUUCUGUUUACAGUUUAGUAUUUAAGGUUUUAUAAAUGUAAAUAUAUUUUGUAUAUUUUUCUAUGAGAAGCACUUCAUAGGGGAAAGCACUUAUGACGAGGCUUUUUAAACAGUGGUGUUAUCCUAAUUUAAGAGAAUCCCUUUUUAAUGAGUUUUUUAUUUUCAUAGGACGGUUAUAGGAAAUACCUGGCUGGGCACAGUCUGAGCAUUUCUCCAGCAUGGGGGGGGGUGUCACACUUUAUUUUUCUUUUUCACUCUCGUUCUGCCUUUUUGACUUCAGUAACUGUUUCCAGGAGGUUUGGCUGGACCUUAAAGUUGAUUUACCCAUCACGAUGGGGGCUAGGAGGAGAAUUGCUCAGCUGAGGAGGAGCCCCACUGUCUGUGCUCUGGGUGGGAGCAAGGCUUGGCCUUGCCCGGCGCUGGCAUCCUCUGGGCAUUUAAAAAGGAACAUGGAGGGAAAAUAGGAGGGACCUGGGGGUUGGUGGCACACCCACCCAUGCUCUUUUUCAAAAGCAGAGAAGUUUUUCUGCCAGAAGGGGAUGUGGGAAGCGCCCUCACUUUCUCAGCUGUCCUUGGGGCUAGUCAGCAGCCUCAUGGGGAGCAGGCAGGUUGAGGGUAACUUAGGAACGGCACUGGCUGUGGGUAAGACGGGGUGGGGAGCUCCUGCAGCCUCCCCAGUGCUCUCAGCAGGGCAUCCCCAGUCCAUGCCCCGCGGGCCUUCAGGCCAUCUCCUCAGACCCUAAGUCGUUCGGCGGGUCCGGGCCUGCCGCUGUCCUAUUGUUAUUGCACUGUGUGAUAAUUGCUUGGUGAUAGCUGUUGAAGAGUCACGUUGAUGCUGCGUUUGUUACUGAGAUGAUUUGAUGCACUGACAGUUUGGGAACGCACAUACCUUGAGGCGGCCGAAGCGCAUUAGCCCCUUGGGGGUCUCAGCCUGGUCCCCGGGCACAGCUGCUCCAGCCCUUUCCCCUCCUGUCCUUGCCUCGGCCAGGCCCAUGAGUUUAUCCAAGUAGCUCGGCCCUGCCGUGUCCCCUUGAUGGAGGAGCGUCUUCCGCAUCUGGUGGAUUUGCUCCGGCUGGGAAGCACUGCCCAAAGCUUGGGAAAGGCAGGGAAGAUGGUCGGGGACAGCGGCUGACAUGGGGGCCCCUCGGACCCAGGCGUGCAGCCGGCUGCCUGCCCGCUUUGCUGCU